AUGGCAGCAAUACCUUUUGUGGGCGAAUCUAAGGAGUCAGCCAACAUCCGGACAACAUCGAGGGAUAACCAGGCGAACAGGGACACCCACAGCUUAGAAGAUAAGAAUGAGAGGGAAUUGCUUGAGCACCCCGAUCAGGUUACCCAGGAAGCGCAAGUUGGAGUCCAAAAAGCCGAAGCUACGGCUUUGGUAUGGUCCAAAACUGCCUUGUAUGCGACAUAUGCAUGCAGCAACGUCAUCUACUACGCAUAUGCAAACUUCGCUUCGGCUCCCCAAAUAUCCCAGGCAUUCAUUGUCUCGACAAUUAUUGGUGGAGUUCUUCAACUUCCUAUCGCAAAGACUCUAAAUCUAUGGGGUCGCGCCGAAGGCUUCCUGGCUUUAUUGCUGGUAUUCAUCUUGGGACUCAUUGUGAUAGCCUCAUGCGAUGGUCCCAAUGGGUUUGCAGCUGGUUACACCUUGUACUGGAUUGGUUAUGCUGCUCUGAAUUUUAUCCUGACGGUCUUCGUUGCCGAUGCGUCCGGGCUGCGAAACCGAGCUUUCGUCUACGCAUUUAUCGGUACACCCACGAUAUGUACGGCGUUUGUGGGGCCUCUUGUUGCUCAAGCUUUCCUGACCCAUUCUACUUGGCGUUGGGCUUACGGCUGUUUCGCUAUCAUCACCUUUUUCCUCUUUGUGCCUCUUGCUCUCGUGUUCAAAUUCUACCAACGCAAGGCCGAGAAGUUGAAUCUUUUUAUUCGGCUCCCGAGUGGUCGAACGACGGCGCAGUCAUUUGUUCAUUACUUUCACGAGUUUGAUGUUGUUGGCGCUUUCAUCCUCAUGGCUGCCUUCAUCCUAUUCCUUCUGCCCUUCAGCCUUGAGACUUAUGGUUUUAGCGGGUACUCUUCCGCGACCUUUAUCGCCAUGGUUGUCAUUGGAAUCUUGCUAUUCCCAGUCUUUGCUGUUUGGGAGCGGUUCUAUGCUAGAACCCCUUUCAUCAAAUGGGAGUUAUUCAAAAACCGCACAGUUCUUGGAGCUUGCAUCCUGUCGGCCGUGAUCUUCUUUAACUACAACACGUGGGAUCAGUAUUUCUACUAUUACGUGCAAGUCGUCUACAACCUUGACACCUCAAAGACGGGAUACAUGACACAGACAUAUGGCGUUGGGUCGACCAUCUGGGCAGUUUUGUUCGGCAUCUGGAUUCGCCAAACCAAACAUUUCAAGAACGUCUGUCUUUACUUCGGUGCGCCAUUAAUGCUACUUGGCGCGGGUCUUAUGAUUCACUUCCGAGGCUCCCAAAGUAAUGUCGGAUAUCUGGUCAUGUGUCAAAUAUUCAUUGCGUUUGGCGGUGGCACUCUUGUCAUUGGUGAUGAGAUGGCUGUCAUGGCAGCCGCUGAUCGAGAUAGUGUCCCGUUGAUGAUUGCUAUAAUCAGCUUGUCCUCUAGCUUUGGUGGAGCUAUUGGUUACGCCGUUGCAGUCGCCAUUUAUUCCAAUACAUUCCCCCAGGCCCUACUCAGUGCGCUUCCCGAUUCGGCAAAGGCUGAAUAUGCAGCUAUAUACGCCGGUGGAUCUGCAGCUCAGCUCCUGCACCCCCCUGGUAGUGCGACAAGGAACGCGAUCAACUACGCGUGGGCAUACAGUCAGAAGUACGAAUGCAUUGCUGCAGCUGUUCUUCUCAUUCUUGCUUUUCCAGCAAUUGCCAUGUGGACCAAUUACAAUGUCGACAAAAAGCAAGUGAAAGGAACCGUCAUCUAA